AGCUGUCCUUUAAUUCUCCCACAAGUCCUUGCAGAGGAAUCUCUUCCGGGUCCAUGCUUGUUUGGAAAGGUUCAUUCAAUUCCUUGCCAAAACCAGAGCAGGGCUCUGAGCGGCUGAGAGCCUUUCAUAACAAAAGGGAUUUCUUUCUCCAGCAGGAAGGAGUGCAGGAGUCAUGUCCUCAGGCCAGACAGAGAUGGAUAGCACUAGUCGUGUACAGACUUACAAAAAAAGGCGGGACUCAACUCUGGCAGAAAAGGUGAAGAUCUUAGAACUUUUGCAGCAACCCAAAGCAUCUCAAUCAUCAGUGGCUAGGAACAUGGGCCUGUCACAGUCAACAAUUAGCCGUGUAAUGAAGAAAAGAGAUGAGAUCUUAGAACGUUGGAACCAUAAUGAGAACCCAAGCCGUAAACGGAACCGACCUUUUAAACAUGCUAAGGUAGAUGAGGCACUACUGGAGUGGCUUCUCUUUGCCAAGGCUAAUAAGUUGCCCAUUUCUGGACCUAUUCUGAUGAGACAGGCAGAGGCAAUUGCAAACGAGAUUGGAUGCCCACAAUUUAAACCUUCAAAUGGAUGGUUAUGGAGAUGGAAAGAGCGUUAUCGACUCUUCUAUAGAGCUGAAUUAUUACCAGGGGAGAAGAGACAUGGUGGUCAAAGUAAAUAUGUUAAAAUCCUUCCAAAAGCUACACAGGUGGUCAGAAUGGAGCUAAAUAGUGUUACUGAUGAAAGAUUUGCUGACAGCCACUUGACCACUAGUAGAUGGAUCAGACGAGAAAGAGAUGUCCACAUGUUAUCAGAACUCCGUGAUCAAGCUGCUCACGGAGAUCCUUUAAGUAGAUCUGUGAUGCUUUCUCGAAUUGCUAAGAACUAUCGUGUAGAAGACAUUUUUUGUGCUACAGGCUCUCCCUUUCAUUUUAGAAUAAUAGCAAGACAAGGAAUAGUAAGUGAGUCAAAGGAACUGGUCAACAUCUGGUUCUGUUGUAACAUGAAUGGGACAGAAAAACUGAAACUGCUGGUAACUCACAAUCUUCUUCCAAGAGCUCUGGGAAAUAAUUGCCUUUCUCCUGUGUCCUUGAAAGCUAGUGAUAAUGGGGAAUUGACUGACAGUUUGUUAAUAGACUGGCUUUUGAAUUGGGAUGCAAAACUUGGCAGACAGGAAAGGAAAGUUUUACUGGUGUUUACUGCAUAUAAUGCUGGACCAAAAGUCAAACUCCGAAACAUCUCAUUGUGUAUUUUCCCAAAAGAGCAUGUUACUUCCAAAAAUCUCUUUGGUCAAGAGCUGGUAAGUGAAUUCAGUUUGUUCUACAGGCAACUUCUUUUUGAGAGAUUGCAAGAAGAUACAAACAUUAGCAGAAGGGCUGAGAUAUUCCUACUUCAGAAAAUGCGUGAGAUAUCACUCGUAGAGGCAAGUUAUACCAUGAAUAAAGCAUGGUUGAGAGUUACACCUUAUACUAUAAAAUCCUGUUUACAGAAGCAAGAAGGCAUCCGAAUUCUCUCUUCUGCCAAACAUGACUUACCAGAGGCAAGAACUCAUGAGAACAUAUUGUUACCUAUUUAUCAGGGGAGCAACAGUAAUGCUGCAAACGAUACCUCUGCAGGGCAGGUAUCUUACAGAACUAUCACUAUUAAAGAAGAGCAUGAUAUUGAGCAUGAAAACCUUGAAAUGCAAACUACAUGUAAAAAACUAUCUUGUCCAACUGAGAAAAUAAAAGUUGGCUUUUCAUCCAAGAAAGAUCAAGCAGAACUCAGUGACAUAAAGUCCUAUACACAAAUGAAAAAUAGUGAGGAAAUCUCUACAGUUGUAGUUAAAUCUGAAGACUCAGAAGAGUGUAUUAAUGUUCAGGGGCUCAAACAGGCUUGUGAUGUGAUCCACCAUUUUUUGUCUAGUGAAAACCAAGACAUGAGUAUUUUCUGUGCACUACAGAGUCAAAUACAGAAAUGCUUGACCAGCCCAAAAAUGAAGAAUCCUUGUAGUUAUGUGGUGAGACCAUGAACAAGAUACUGUGGAGGGCUGCUAAUGUCACAUUUAUCACAAUUUCUCUUCUUUAUCAGAGUAGACUUCUUGGGCAGACUGGUUCAGCAAAAGAACUAAUAGAUUCUGCACAUCUCAAACUAAAGUAAUAAGUUUCAGACAAGGUGCAACAAUUCUUGUGUUGAGAGCAGGAACUACUACACCUACUGUCUUCUAAUGGAUAUGUAGAUUAUUAAAAGCUGUUUUUGUUUGAUAUGGGACUUUCAUCUGUGUUAAACUAAAGUAGGUAUUUGGGGGAAGAUGUGAUACAUUUAAUACAGAGUUGCUUCUUACUAAUUAGAGCAAACUUUCACGUUAAUAAAGAAUAUCUUUACUCUUCUAUCACAGUAGAGCUGCACCACAUUUACAAUGAGGAACGUGUUACAAAACAAUAGGUGUACCUUAUUAAUAAAGUGGAAAUUCAACCUACAAUAGAUCAGCUCUACCCAUCUGGAAUACCCCAGAGUCAUUCCCCUAGAUCAGGGUUUCAAAACCCGGUCCUCAAGGCACCCUAACAGUCCAGGGUUUUUGGGAUAUCCAUGUUGUCUACAGAUGGUAUACUGAAACUGAGGUACUAAUUAAGUCACUAGUGCUUAAACAUGGAAACCCCUAAAUUCUGGACCGUUAUGGUGCCCUGAAGAACAAGAUUGGAACCCAGUGCCCCAGAUAAUACAAAAUUUGUAUUCUCUCACUUGGGGCUCCCACUGUUACUUUUAUGCCACAUGUCCCUGUUGUAAACAUAUGUCAGACUUAGAGCUACAUGGACCCUUCAUCAUAGGGAAACCAUAGCGCUAACCAAAUGGUGGCAAUUUUUUUUAAAAAUGAAGCAAUUUUAAAGAAAAAAAAUGAAGUCAUUGAUUAGACAGAUUGGGUGACUUGAAAAUUCACUUGGCCCUUCAAUAGUUCUGUUCACACUAUUUGGACUAAUAGUGGUCAUCAGCAGAGAGGAUGGAAGAAUGUGAGAAAUAGAACGUGAAUUAUAGUAUAUAGGUAACAGUAGGUUGUCCCAUGUAAGUACCCUCCAUUUUCUACUACCCUGGGGAAAGGCAGGGUUAGGUAGGAUUAUUUGUCCUGAGUGAUCUAUAUCCUUCAUCAAAAUGGAGAUGUGCUUUCAAUACAGCCUUAAAGCAAUACAAUAACUACAAGUGUUAAAAACAAAACAAGUGUAAACUGAUUCCUCAGUGAAAAAAUAACGUGUACAGUAUGUACACAAUCUGCAACUUUCUGUAAUU